AUGUUGGCAAGCAAGCAAUUGGCAAAGAAAGUCCUGAUCCACGCAAACGUGGCAAGAAAAGCACGGUCGGCAGGGCUGGUGUACCCGGAUACCACAGGGUUUUACGCAAGACAUGCCUUGCACCACCACCAAAGGAGAAACCAAUGGUUGUGGUUUGAAAGGUCAUUGGCUACCAUGACCGAUCAAGCGCAUGGCCCGAGGAAAAAGAACAAGAAAGUAAAGAACCGGAAUCAUAAAAACAGAUUCUCGCAAGAGAAUCAACCGUCGUGGAGUGAGGUUGCUGCUUAUGAGUUUGAGUUUGACUUGGACCUCCAACUGCCAAUAGUGUGGCACCAAGAUGGCACUGGCUAUGGCGACGUGGAGUAUAAACAGAUUCCCGAUUGGUUGGACCUCCAAAACUACAUCGAGGAAAUUGAAUUUUUGGCGGAUCAUUUGUCCGCGGGUUUUGCCAACAAGGAUAAAGUGUUGCGGGAGAUUUCGCAACUUGAAGAUUGCAUCUUGAACAACCCAGAGGAUUUCCCCUUUGUGGAUGUGGACAAGUUGGUCAAUUUGGGAUCAAAGUUGCGCGAAUUCUGCUUCAACAACUCGCAUGAUUGCUUGACUAUUCUUGAAACUGUUGUGGCUAAUGGCCAUUCUUUUACCCGGUUUGAGACAUGUUUGCAAGCAAAAAAGAAGAAAAAACUAUCAUCAUCAUCAAGUGAUGAUGAUGCAAUGGCUGCUGGUAAUGUAGUUGAAGCCUCUUGGCGCGACAGAAUCGGACAAGAGUUGUUUCCUGAGUUGAACCUCAACCUCGGAGUUGUACGUCAAGAUUACUUUGUCCCCGCGAGUGCGUUUUGGAGUUAUGAUUACCCUAAAGGGUUUGGCGACUUGAUAUCAGAGAAUGAAUGGCCAGUUUGCAAAAAAUACGCCGACUCGCAACAAGAGUAUGGUCUCUACUUUGUCUGCUUCUAUUACAAGGAAUUGCUUGCUUUUGAAAACUAUCUCCGACUUGCAACCAAUUACCGAGUGGAGUCCUUGCCGGACUUGUCCAAUGAAGAGAUUGAAAUGUAUAUGAGGGAAUACGAAAAAGAAAAGAAGAGCAGCCAGCACAUUGACUCGUCCGGGAAGGUGACCAACAGCAACAGCAACAGCAACAGCAACAUGGCAAAGGACUUGCAACAGUAUAUUGCAAAAGAUGCUCACCAUGACUGGAGAUUGGCGCAUAAGGAAUACAUGUCCUUAGCCAAACGGGAACGGGAUGAACGAAACUAUCUCCAUGAGGGUUUGCACUAUUUCCAAAAGGAGCUUAGAGAGGCACUCAAAAGAGACCACUUGGAUUUGAAUUCGUUAAGUUCAAACCUUGCCGACAAUGUCAGACACGCAAAAGCGGUGCUUCAAAAUGUCGAGGUUGGAAGUGCCAGGUAUUUCAAACACGCAAUUGCUGCUGCCCGGUGCAAGGAAUUGCAAGUACGUUUGGAAGCAUUGCAGAUUCCGUUGAGGAUCUUGCAGAAAUCAUUAGCUAAUAGGAGCGACUUGUCGUGGGUCAUUGAUCAAAGCUAUAAAGGCAAGAGUUUUGAUUGGGAAUUGCAAGCUAUUAAACGUCUAUUCCACAGCCCGCAGCAAAUCCCCGGUGACAUAAAUGAGUUUGCAGCACGAUUGUACACCGUUUGUCACACCAGUUCAAGUGCAACAGAAUCCGAGGAGGCUAAACAAAUCUUGAGGACGCUCAUCUCCGACCAGAUGAGAGGCGGGUUAUUUGCUCAUCAUUUGAAAAGCCUCAGGUACCCGUGGUACAAGUUUGCAGAUGUCGAUGAUUUUGACAACCGCACAUUGAAUAUCUUGCUUUUCCUUCACUUUCCGUUGGAUGCCGUUACCGACCACCAAAGCUUUCACCGCGUGUUCUCUGAGGCCAUCAACAAAUUGAAACAUUCGGGAGAGGUUGCCGACUGUAGGGCUCUCCCUGCUGAGGGGAAAAGUUGCCGAUUCAUGGUGCUUUUCAACUCUGGCACUGGCGGCGAUCAUGAACACGAUCACGAGCGCCAAUAUUACAUUUUCACAAACGUGGGAGACAUCGAUCGUAUUGUGCAAUUGGCAAAUGACGCUGUUAUCAUGGCAGCAUACAACCUGAAGUUGAAGUCUGGUACAGCAGAAACUGGAGCCACCACUUUGUACAAGCAAAUACCAGAGUGGUUACAUCUUGAAAACCACAAGGACGAGAUUUUGUUUUUGAAGGACCAACUAGGAGGCAACUUUGAUGAUAUGAGCAUUGUCAUGAACAAAGUUGACGAGCUUAUGGAGGACAUAACCAGUAACGACACACUUUAUCCCGAUUUGAAUGCAAACAGCUUCCUCAAGUUGAGGUCCAAGUUGAAGCAGUUUUGCGUGAAUAACUCAAACGAUUGUUUGAAAAUUCUCGAUUCGGUUAUUCUCAGUCUGGACGUGUUUGCAGAGUUUGAAAACAAACGUGCUAACAACAGUGGAAAGGCACAAGCCGAACGUCCAGUCCAGUAUAAACAAGUUCCCGACUGGUUACGUCUUGAAAACCACGUUGCCGAUAUUGCGUUUUUGAAAAAGCACGUUGAAAACCUUGACGACUAUGCCAAGGUUUUAGCAAAAGGUGACGAGCUAAUUGAGAUGUUGAUUAACGAGGAAAAAUCACAAGGCGAGGUACACGCGGGAAGUUUUAUUAAAUUCAUCUCCAGGUUGAAAGAGUUUACCAUCGCCAAUUCGCCCGAUUGCUUAAGAAUUCUCGACACAGUCGUUUCCAACGUAGAUGCGUUUGCCAAGUUUGAAACGCAAAUGAAGAACAAGAAGCAAUUGGCUCCACCGAGAAUCCCUGCGCUAGUUCCCACUGUUGAGUCCGUGCCAUUGAACCCACGCGUGGCACGCGCGGCAUGCGCGGCAGCUCCCGCGGCACCACCCGUGGAUAGAGAUGCCGAGACCAGCCGUUUUAAUUUUAAUUUGGAUCCCACCAGCAUCAAGCUGGCAGAGGAAACCGGGCAAAAGAGCAACCUGAACUUGACUCCACCGCAAAUUCCAAAGUUGGCCAAGGUUUCGAAAGAAAUUCACCACCCGCAAGCAGAAUCCCGUGGGGGUGCAAUUGCAGGCACAGAGAGACCCGUUGGCUCCUCUAGUGUGCAUCCAUUGAACCCAGCAAAACCCACGAAAAAGCAAAGCAAAGCACAACGCGACGCAAAUAAAAAGACUAAAAAAGAACCGGAGAAGCUUGACCUUUCCCGGUUGGAGCAAUAUCUCAAGGACGUGAAACUGCAGCAAGAAAGCAGGUCUCGUGAGAAGGAAGCUUAUGAGUGGAGCGUGGAUCAAUUGAAGACCCACAAUUGGAAAGUUGUUGGAAGCAAAUGGGAAAAUGGCAAGAGACUCUUGAUCUUGGGCGAGGACAACACCCCAAAGAAUACUCAAAAUGGCGGAUCUCGUUGGAGGUUUAGGGAUAUUUUCUUGAUUCCGGGACUCGUGGCGUUGGGCUUUGUAGGAGCCAAUGCAUAUUUUGAACGUGAGCAAGAACAUACACUGGUGGUGACACACGGGGAUGGAAAGAAUGAGGUGCCACGGGCGCAGGGACCACCACCAUCACCUUCAAUCAAACACGGACAAGAGAAUGGCACAACCAUGCUGACAAUUGACUCCAAGGAAGAGGGCAUGGCAAACGACCCUCGCGCUUCGACAUGGUGGCAGAAGCUCUUGUGGGCUAAAUGA